UCGCUUGUGCCGCCCUGUUAGCGCCACGGCGGUGCGCCCUGCAAAGUGGUAACAAAGGCUCUCUCAGCCAGCUGUGCCGGGCCUACCCCAGGCUGCUGGCGGGAACGCCGACCGCUUCCCCCAACAAGCGGCACAGGCCGGGCCGCUCCGCCUCUGUCAGGAGCAGCAGAGGGCGACGGAGCUCGCCCGCGCCCUGAGCCCGUCCGGAAGGGGCGGUGCGGCGCCGCAGGGGCCGCGGCGGCAGCUGCCGGUUGCCGCGGCGCCGGACGGGCUUGAGGGGUGAGGACGAGGAAGAGGUGGCGGCAGAAGGGAUCUCUGCCGUACAGCGGAGAUGGCAGACGAGGCACUCUUCCUCUUGCUGCACAACGAGAUGGUGGCGGGGCUCUACCGCGCCGCCGAGCAGGGCGAAGGGGAGAACGGUCGCUGCACCACCAAGCUUGAGAGCAUGGGCUUCCGCGUUGGACAGGGGUUGAUCGAGAGGUUUACAAAAGAUACUGCCAGGUUCAAGGAUGAAUUAGACAUUAUGAAGUUCAUUUGCAAAGAUUUUUGGACAACUGUAUUCAAAAAGCAAAUCGAUAACCUAAGGACUAAUCACCAGGGUAUAUAUGUCCUUCAAGACAAUAAAUUUCGUCUCUUGACACAAAUGUCUGCAGGAAAGCAGUAUUUAGAGCAUGCACCAAAGUAUCUAGCAUUUACCUGUGGACUAAUAAGAGGAGGCUUAUCGAAUUUGGGAAUAAAGAGUAUUGUAACAGCUGAAGUUUCAUCAAUGCCAGCAUGUAAAUUUCAGGUGAUGAUACAGAAGAUGUAGAGCACAUUUAAAUCUGGGUAUCUACCUUAGAAAUCUGUUGUAUGCAUUCAGUAUCUUGGUUCAGCUUUGUUUGUAGCUUGUAAAUUACAGCAGUGUGCAGCACAAUCCCAAAAUGUAUAAUAAAUGUUCAUCAACACA